GAGGCCGGGAAAGAGGUCGUGUGGAGGAGAAUGAGGACAUGAGUAUUGAGGAUAUGGUCCGGGAGGAACGCAGGACUCGUGGCCAGGCCGGUGGUGCUGGUGGACGGCUCGCCGAGAGGAUCGCGAGGGAUGCCAAAUUUGAGAAUGACCUCGAAUACAUGGAUGAUAAUGCCGCCAAACUGGCUAAGCGGGUACACAGAUCAGAGAUCGAUAUUAAGAAUGCCACCAUCAAUGAAUUCCAGAAGAUGAAUCGGAUCCUGGAUAACUGCCCACUCUGUCACCACGAGGACACAAAUACGCCCCCCGUCGCGCCCGUCGUCUCCCUAGCUACUCGAACAUACCUAACCCUCCCUACUGAACCCGAACUCAGUGAAGGAUCCGCUACUAUUACCCCGAUUCAACACCGAAACAAUCUCCUCGAAUGUGACGAUGAUGAAUGGGAAGAGAUCCGCAACUUCAUGAAGAGUCUGACGCGGAUGUACCACGACCAGGGGCGAGAUGUCAUUUUCUACGAGAAUGCGGCCCAGCCUCGUCGCAAGAGGCACGCAACGAUGGAAGCUGUGCCAUUACCAUAUAGCCUAGGCGAGACAUCGCCUGCGUUCUUCCGCGAAGCCAUCCUGGCAGCCGAUGCCCGAUGGACACAACACCGACAGAUCAUCGAUACUGCGGCCAAGGCGAAGCAGGGAUUAGGGAAAUUGGCCUUUCGCCGCACGCUGGUCAAGGAGAUGCCCUACUUCCACGUCUGGUUUGACCUGGAUGGCGGCAUGGGGCACAUCGUCGAGGACGACCAUCACUGGCCGCGGGGAGAUCUCUUUGCGCGGGAAGUCAUCGGCGGCAUGCUGGAUCUGGAGCCGGAUGUUAUCAAGCGACAAGGGCGUUGGCACAGAGGCCGGGAUAAGAGAGUUGACGGGUUCAGAAGCCGAUGGAGGAAAUUUGACUGGACCCGGGUGUUGGUGGAGGGAUAGGUGUAUCAUUUCUCAGAAUACUUUGUCUUUUCCUGUGUCACUAUGUUUGACUGUCAAAUUGCAUGUAUUGUCCCCAAACGAUGCUCACAUCCGCAUCUCGUAGACUCCAGUGUAUCCUCAGAUCGGGCGUGGGGAAGUUCAACAAGAUGACAAAAGAGUGCGGGACAGAUUCGAUUUCCCCCUCUUCUUCCGACUUGUCGGCGUCUCUCCGAUCAUACUUCUCCUGUUCUGUCCUCUCUUUCUCUCCAUCCAUCCUAUGUUCUCACAUUUAAGGAGCAGGCUUGCCAGAAGCUGUCUUCCCCAGAACACCAUCCAGUCCUCCUUAUACCGCUGCUCCCCGCUCUCCCAAGCAAGAUAUGCCACCAUGGGUUCCAACGCUCCCAGACCCAAGAUUCUCCUUCUCGGCACAAUCGACCAUGCGCGUAAAACAUGGCAAUCGCUGAGUGAACUCGGGGACCUGGUCGAGACCAAGGCGACCAACCGCGCAGAGUUUCUGAAGGAAUGUCGAGAAGGCAAGCUAGAUGGAGUCGUCGCGGCUUAUCGGACUUUCUUUUCUGUGCAGACUACCGGCUUGUUUGACAAGGAGCUUGUGGAUGCCCUUCCCAAGUCAUUAAAGUAUCUUGCGCAUUGCGGCGCUGGAUAUGACCAGGUAGAUGUCCACGCCUGCAGCGCUCGAAACCCCCCAAUCCGCGUGUCCAACGUCCCCACAGCUGUGGACGAUGCAACCGCGGACGUAAACAUGUUUCUCAUCCUAGGUGCCUUGCGUAACUUCAACACAGGCAUGAUGGCUCUGAGAGAGGGCAAAUGGCGCGGCCAACCGGCGCCUGCCCUCGGUCAUGAUCCGGAGGGUAAGGUCCUCGGAAUCCUAGGCAUGGGCGGCAUUGGGCGCAAUUUGAAGAAGAAGGCCGAGGCCUUUGGUAUGGAGGUCAUCUAUUAUAACCGUCGGCAGCUGAGUGAGGAGUUGGCCGCUGGAGCGAAAUAUGUGUCCUUUGACGAGCUCCUCGCUACGAGUGAUGUGCUCAGUUUGAAUUUGCCCUUGAAUAAAAACACACACCACAUUAUCGGGAAACCCGAAUUCGACAAGAUGAAAGAUGGCGUUGUCAUCGUCAACACUGCCCGAGGCGCCGUCAUGGACGAGGAUGCACUUGUUCAAGCUCUCGAUGCCGGCAAGGUGAGCUCCGUCGGCCUGGACGUCUUUGAAGAGGAACCGAAAGUCCAUCCGGGCUUGAUUCGAAAACCGAAUGUGCUCCUGGUUCCUCACAUGGGAACUUGGACCGUUGAGACCCAAACUGCGAUGGAAGAAUGGGCGAUUGGAAAUAUUCGUCUUGCCCUCGAAACUGGAAAGCUUAGAAGCCCUGUUCCCGAGCAGGCUGAUCUAUGAAAUCUUGAAAUAUACCUACAUCCGGUUAUAUAGACUCGCUCCUUGUUCUGAGUCACUGUUGUUUUCUUCCCACUUUUGUGCCCAGAAUGCGCAACAGCGGAUGUUACCAGGAAUGCAAGGA